GGUCGCGAGCCCAAACGUUUUUCGCGCGCGCUUGAGGAACUUGCUAUGUUUCUUGCAAACUAGAUGAGCAAAGCUUGCGAUAUAGAAUGGGAGCGCGCCGGCUGUCGGCCGUGACGCAGCUGCGGAAGCUUCUCACUUUGCUCGCAGCGGCAGCGGCAGUGCAAAUAUGCAUAGCUGGAGCGUCGCUCUAUGCGCCAGAGCCAAACGCUGCAGGCGAGGCAUGCUCGCCGGGUGACGCGGCUGGCAUCGCGCAUCUCCGCGACCUAAACGCCUCACAGCUGGCCCAGAACGCUCUAAACACAUCAACUCUUAGCACAUGGGACUUUGGGAUUGGACUUGAUGCCGUGAAGGCGCCUGCAGGCACCGCCAUGAACCUGUCCUGCCUCACGGCACUCAACGCCACCGUGGCGGCCCCCUCGGCGGCGGCGGGGAGUGUGUUCCUGCAGCCCACGGCGCUGGACCUGUCUGCGGCUUCGGGCCUCAGCAUGGCCAGCGUCAGCCUCAGCACAGACUGUGGCACGGUGCUGGCGUACCAGCAGUGUCUGUGCACGUCGCUGCGCGCAGCAGGCAGCCUGACGAUGGAGCCAGGCGUGGUUCGUUUCGGCCGCUGGCGUGACGGCUUCACGUCUCUGGACAACGUGAACCUCACCUGCCCCACGUCGGCGGGCGCGGCGGCAGUGGCUGUGCCUUGCCGUCUGGUGUCUGUGCAGACGGCUGCUGAGCUGCUGGAGGCGUUCACGGUGCAUGCGGCUGCUGCCGCGGCGGCGGGAGCCAACCUCACAAUCGUGCUUGCGGCGAACAUCAGCAUCAAUAACAGCGUGUGGCUGGUGAGCUCUCCCGUCCUGGUCAACGCCAACGUAACAUUGGUGGCCUCGCCGCUGCGUGUGCCUCGGGUUGUUUUCGAUUUGGGUCUGUUAACGAACGUCUGGAACCUCACCAGUGGGGCUAAUGUUGAGUUCCACAACCUCACGCUCGUCAAUCUGGCGCCCGCCUAUCCAAACCCGCCUUCGUACGGGUUGUUCACUUCGCGCAUCAACGCCAUCCUUCGGACCGGCAAACAGGUCUUCCUCCGGAACGUCACCUGCGUGGUGCCGCCCGAAGAGGUUUCGUACCUGAGAUACUGGGUGACAUUUCUGUUGUCGCCUGUGCCUGAGGCGCGCGCCAGGGCCGACUGGCUACUGAUACCCCAGGUCAGCAUAGCAGCCGUCAACUCGUCUGGCGUGUUCUACGCGUACCAGAAUGGGCGCACCACUAUCUUUGACAACAUGGCCAUGGUGGACAGCCUCGGGCCAGGCUACCCACGCAAUCCGUCACCGUCAGGGCUGGGGCAGCUGCAAGCCGAAAACGUGCCCCUGACCGCCAUCAACGCAGCAACAAGCCCUUCCGACGUACAGUUGGCGCUGCUUCCCAAUCGUACAAAGCCGGAUGACCAGGGCCGCCGCUGGGUGCUCCUGGUGAACAACAUAAGUCUGGCGGCGGCGGGGCAGUGGCCUGAGGGCCCAGCACGAAACACAACCAGCACCAGCGACGCGCGUGCGGGCCUGGAAGGCACACCAGUCAAUCCCAGCAACGGCAGCUGUGGGGACGGCAGCUGUGACGCAGCAGCGGCGCCAGCAGGAAAUGACACGGGCGCAGGCGUGCAGGUGCCAGGGCUCACGGUGAUCGCCAGCUUGAUACCAGAGACCCCCGUGCGGCUGGGCUUGGGCUGGCGGCUGUCUGCUCUCGGAGUGCCUGGCGGUGCCGGCGCGGGACUGGUAGUCCGCAACGUAGUGUUGAGCGAGCUUGCGGCUCGCGGCGGCAGCUACAGCCGCAGCGACCCGCUGGCAGCGCUGUCCAGCCCGCUGUGGGGCGUGUCGCUGGCCGCGGGCGCCAGCAAGACACGGCUGGAGAACUGCACGCUGGUGGUCAGCGCGGAGGAGCUGCGGCUGCUGCAGCAGGCGCUGCUGCCGGCGGCGCAGCUGGCAGCGGUUGUGGCCCCAGGGGCAGCAGGGGGCACAGGCGCCAACGCCACAGCCAACAGCACGGAGGGGAACGGCGCGCCGCAGCGGCCAUUUGACUCUACGCUAGCGGCUGCAGCCCGGGCGUUCUUCGCGAUCGGCGAUGACUUGCUGCUAGGUCCUACUUCUGCCAGCCGGCUCGUCUUUGUCAGGGGCUCCGCCGCUCGCUUCACCCUGAGCAACGUGACGUUCCGCAGGCCAGACCCGGGCAGUGGCGAACAUGCGAACGCAGGUCUCACAGCCCUGGGCGUGCCUUACGACGACGGCAGCAACAGCAGCAGCAGUACUGGCGGCGGCGUCCCUGUGGGCGCCAUUGCCGGGGCAGUGGUUGGCAGCUGCGUGCUGCUCCUGAUGGUUGGCGGGGCGGCAUGGCUCUCGGUGCGGCGGCGGAGGCUACAGAGCAGCAGAGAAAGCGAAAAAUUUGCUGAGCUGGGCGGCAGCGCCCCUGCGUCCGCUGCAGCAGCAGCCAGCGCGCGGCCUGUUGGGAGCGAUGAUCGCAACGGCGAUGAUGCUGCUGACCGCGUGUAUCGCAGCUUGUCGGACGCAGAGCGCCGCCGGCAGCUGCAAUCGUCUCUGACAGGGAGCAGCCCAACGCUGCCUUCUGUUUGUGGCGGCCGCAACAGCGUCGAGGCGGAAGCAUCAUGCAUGAAGGGCACCAUGAAGGACGACACGGGGCCCAGCGAGUCUGCUGCCACGCAGUGGGGCUCGGGCAUCCAGUCCGUGCCCGCGUCUGGGCCCAGCGGCAGUGGCUUGCCCGCCGGGCACACUGCAGGCGCCGUCCACGUGGGCGACCCAGAUCCCUGGGCCGCGGGCGACCCAGGCAUCCCGGCACUGCUGGCAGGCAUGGCACAGCCGGCGGCACGAUAUGCCACAAUGACCGAUUCCUUUAAUCGCCCGCCCACCAUGUCGGGCAUAGCAGCGGUGCUGCGCCCGCCGGGCCAGACCUCAGGCAGCGGUGCGCAACCGGCGCAGCACCGCGGCGGGUCAUCUGGUGACCCGACAGCAGCAGCCAGUAGCAACUCAGGAGGCAAGCCGGAUGCCGGCAGCAGCAGCCGCUCAGGGGAUGCGGCUCUGGAGCAGAUGCGCGGCGUGAUUGCGGCGCUGGGUCGAGACCUGGCCGAUAACAAGCAGCUACAUGUGCACGGGGUCAUAGGUAAGGGCGCGCACGGCACCGUGUAUCGCGGCACGUGGCGCGGCCUGUCCGUGGCGAUCAAGUCCAUGGUGUUUGGCCCCGACGACCACGCCCGCCACCAGCAGCGGCCACUCAUGCAGCAGCGGCCGCUUAUGGAAGCGGCUAUCAGCUCCAACCUGGUGCACCCCAACAUUGUGACCACCUACUCAUACGAGCUGCGCGAGGUGCAGCACGAGCUGGCGUCCCUGUCCCCGGAGCUGUCGCAGCAGGGCGGCGGCUGGCGCCUGCUCAUCAUCCAGGAGUUCUGUGACGCGGGCCCGCUGCGCCGCCUUGUGGACUGCGGCUUCUUCCUCACGCUGCGGCAAAAUGCCAUCCCCAGCUCGCUGAGUGACAGCGGCAGUGAGGCGGAGGCCGCUGUGCUGCCGCGCAGCAACAGGGAUUUGGCUCAGGCCAGGAGGGCAUCCUUUAAUGACGAACAGGGCACCAGAGGGCACGGGCUUGGCGCUGAGGGCACACAGUUGGACAGGGAUGUGGUUGCCUCGUCAACAGCAGGUGUGCCGGCAGGCAACCCACGCUCGCGGCCUCUGCUUGAGGACGUGCCUGCGGACGUGUCGGGCGGCCGUCCCGCCAGCUCGCUCCAGGCGGCCCUGCGCUACGUGGAGGCCGCGCUGCAGAUCGCACGUGGGCUGCAGCACAUCCACGAGAAGAACAUCGUGCACGGCGACCUGAACCCCAACAAUGUGCUGCUGGUGCGCGCGCCCGGCACGCCGCUGGGGUUCUGCCUCAAGGUGUCGGACUUCGGGCUGUCGGUGCACGUGGGCGAGGGCCAGUCUCACCUGUCCAACUUGUUCCAGGGCACGCCCUACUACUGCGCGCCGGAGGUGAUGCUGUCUGGCAAAGUCGGCAAGAGUGCAGACCUGUACUCUCUGGGCAUCAUGCUGUGGGAGCUGCAGAACGGCACGCGGCCGCCCUGGCGCAUGGGCGUGCGGCUGCGCACCUACCCCUCGCUCAACACGGGCGAGCUGGAGUUCGGACCCGACACGCCGCCGCGGUACGCACGCCUGGCGCGGGAGUGCUUCCACGCCUCCAGCGCGGCGCGGCCCAGCGUGGGGGUGGUAGUGGCGGCGCUGGAGAGGAUCAAGGAGGAGCUGGGUGCAAGGGCGCACGCGGCAGAGGCUGCCGUAAGAGUCUAAGCAGGGAGAACAGUGCUAAUGAAUGGAUGGGAGACGUAAUCACGCAGCAAAUGAACGCAGCAGAUUGUGUGGUCGUAUACAGAAAUGAGCCUAUGCUGCAUAUGCUGGUGUGCAUGUGUGUGUAUGCAUACAAUGGCUCCGGGCGUUGUACUUGGCACUGCCUAACUCGAUCGAAAGAGAUUAUCCAAUGCAACUGCUGAAGCGCUGGGGUGCGGGAAGGAAAUGGAGCAUGGCUGGAUUCAAUGGCGGGCGCUGAACUAGUAUUGAGAGUGGCAUACUGGCAUGUGCAUUGGCCAACAUACAUACCGUAUCGGCGGGAUGGCCUAACACCUUCAGAGGCAUGUUGCAAACGUUGUACGCUGCGAUUCUGCCUGAGCUCCUGAAUAUUGCUGAACACAAACCAAAUCGGACUGAAGGGUGUAUUCUUGGGGCGUGUCUGAAUCGGAGGGCGUGUUCGGAGGGCGUAUUUGUAUGUUACGUUGCGCGCGCCUGAGUAAACGAGCACGUCAUGCAGAUUGCACGGCUGCGGAAUGCGUCGGCGAAAGUGAGGGGGGGCAAGCUGGGCCUCUAUAAGCACGUACGAGUCCACAGACAUGAACGCACCGUGUGUGUAAAGCGCGGCAGGGAGGCUGGACAUGGUGCUGUUGCUUGCUAUGUUGCUGGCUACGUGAAGAUUGCAUAGGCCUGCACGCGCCGGCUGGUGCAAAUUCUUCUUGUGGAUGGGGGGCAAGUCUCUGAUUGGUACGGACGUCGGCUAAGCAACUUAAUCAGCAGUAAGACUGGGUUUGUACGUGUCGGCAGGCCUUAGGGUGUCCAGUGUCCACGCAUAGUAACUGGUAAUGUGGUAAAUAAUGCAGACUGCCACUGUGUAGCGC